AUGGAUUGGGAUCAGUUUGACUUGAACCCUAGAACAGUUGCUGCCCUGAAGAAAGCUGAGAUAAAAUCAGUAAAGGAGAUUUUAAACCUGUCUGGAGCAGACCUGCAAAGGCUGAUGAAACUCCCCAGUGCAGACAUCCAGUGCCUCCUGAGGACAGUCUCUCACACGCUGAGGGGAAGCAGCAUGCUGACAGCACUUCAGCUCUACCAAGACAAAGAUCACCUCACCUCCCAACAGCAGAAGCUGAGCCUAGGCUGUUCAGUGCUGGACACCCUGUUAAAAGGUGGCAUUCCUCUCGUGGGAAUCACAGAGCUUGCUGGGGAAAGUUCUGCUGGGAAGACUCAGAUCAGUUUGCAGCUGUGUCUGUGUGUGCAGUAUCCUUACAAAUACGGUGGAUUAGACUCUGGGGCCGUCUACAUUUGCACAGAGGAUGUGUUCCCAAGCAAACGUCUGCAGCAACUCAUAGAUCAGCAGCACAAGCUGCGUGCAGAUGUCCCAGCUGAGAUCAUCCAGAAGAUCAGAUUUGGAGACAGGAUUUUUGUUGAGCACGCAGCAGACCUG